CCGUUCUUAGCGUUACUUAGGUAGUUGACCAUAUCAAGCGCUAAUGGUUCUCAUCUCAUAACAGCUGGCUGUUGAGAGCCGCGAAAAAUCAGUUGCAUUCUAAUUAUCAGCCUCGUCUUCUCAUAUUUCAACCCUUUUGUUAUUUGUGUAAUGAGCCAUCAUUAGCAAUUCACAGCUCUCUCCUAACCGAGCGGCUCUCCGCCUCAACCUUGCCACCAUGGCUCCCAAGAAACAAAUGUCAAAAAAGAAGCAGACAGGCCCAACCCCUCCAGAAACAAAGGAGGAUUUUGAGAAUGAGCUGAAGACUCUGGCAGGCCAAGCUCAAAAUGAAACCUGGGGCCAAUGGGGCAAGCAGCAAGUCGCUGUGUAUGGCAGAGCGGUAGCUUUGAUCAUACUUACGGCCGUCUAUGCCAAUGUCUCGGUUAUGACAUUAUCGCCUGUCUACGGUCAGAUUGCUGCUAACCGGUUGCAUCAUUACGUUGUGUGGACGGGUCUGUUUGUCGGCUGGGCAGGCAACUUGGCUCUACGUCGAGCGCUGCCAUUCAAGACUAUCAGUCUACUGCCUCUGAUAGCCCUCCAAAUCCCCAUGUCCCAAUUCUACUUAUUCGCUUUCAGCGGCGCACUUGGGGUUGAAUAUGGCCCUGCUAUUACAGAGUUGCUAACCCUUUUCCCCCUUGUGGUCGUCAGCGCGGCAUGCAUCGCCGACAUUCUAGACGGGGCUGAUCUGAGCGGGCUGCCCAGUGCAGUUGCAAACCCGGCCCCUGGUAUUGUUUCUUACAUAGUGUUUCGGUAUUCAGAAACUAGCUCCCUCAAGCAAUUGGUUGAACAGAUGGGAACAUCCCUCAUGCAAACUCGCAUGGCAUUAGAGUUCGUGCUGGCAGCUACAUAUAGCAUUAUGGGACGGUCACAGCUGUUGCGGUAUGCCGUUCCUGGCAUACUACACGCAGCCGUCUAUAACACACAUCUCAUGACUGAGUCAGCGACCACCUCUCUGAAUACUACUCUCAACGCCAACGGCUGGUCUCUCGUUGAUCGUUGGGAGUCUAAUACCGGCUAUAUCUCGGUUCUUGACAGUCAUGUUAAUGGGUACCGACUUAUGAGAUGUGACCAGAGCUUGCUCGGUGGUGAAUGGACCAAAUUUGGAAGAAACAUUGUUGCAGAGCCUGUUUAUAGUGUUUUCACCCAGCUCGAGGCUGUGAGGCUCGUUGAAGUGCCCGAAAAGGUUCCCGACAACGAGGCCCGUGCCCUCAACAUUGGUCUUGGAAUUGGUACAACUCCUUCCGCCUUGAUAGCGCAUGGCAUUGAUACUACUAUUGUUGAGAUCGACCCUGUAGUUCAUAAAUUUGCCAGCAAGUACUUCGGGCUCCCGCCCAAUCAUACCGCUGUCAUAGAGGAUGUCGUCUCUUGGAGCCACGCCAAUGCACCCACCUUACGCGAGCAUUUUGAUUAUAUCGUUCAUGACGUUUUCACCGGAGGUGCCGAACCUGUUGACUUAUUUACUGACACGUUCCUUGGGGGGCUCAAGUACAUGCUAAAGCCCAAUGGAGUCAUAGUUAUUAAUUACGCUGGCGACUUUACGCUUCCACCUCUCAGUAUUGUUGUUAACACGAUCAAAGAUACCUUCCCGUCUUGCCGUGUUUUCAGAGAGAAUGAACCGCCUUCUGAGGACAAGCUUGAGGAAACGGGUCAUGACUUCGACAAUGUGAUGAUCUUCUGCGUCAAAACCGAUAAUAAGAUCACGUUCAGAGAUCCCAUAGAAUCAGACUACCUUGAAAGCAUCUCUAGGCGGCAAACCCUUGUCCCAAAGCACGAGGUACCGUUGUCGGCUAUCUCAACGCGAGAAGAAGUAGGAAUCCUUAGGGCCAACGAGACGGGGAAAAUUACGGAAUGGCAUGAACAAAGUGCCCUCAGACAUUGGGAUGUCAUGAGAACUGUCCUGCCAAACGAGAUUUGGAAUCAGUGGUAGUUCAAGAAUUCGACAGGAUACCACAUCACGUACAUAUAGGUGUAGACAAAAUGACUACAUGUCAACUCGCGCUCGAUGAGCUGAAAAGUUGGUUGGCAGGGCUCCAGUAUCGGUUAUUCGAUCUAUCUGAGAUACCACUCCUAAACAGCAAUAAAAGAAAUAAAAACCCGGCAUAUCAAGAAACUCAGUUUAUAUACUAUUCAACCAUUUAGAUCGAAAAUAGAACGAUUUAGCAUACAGCCAGACCAGGUAGCUGGAUUAGGAACCGGAUGUGUUACCUUUGUUCACAAGAUAACUUGCAUUAGUACACUUUGGGGUUGCUUGUGCGAGGAAAUAGAAUGUUAGGGUCGAAUAUUACCAAAAAAAGGAAUCCCAUGUUGACCCUUGCUCCGCUGAACAUUUCGUCCCUUGCAGCCCUAUAAGCUUAGGUAAU